AUGGCAAGUUUAACAUAAAUGACAGGGUUUUUUACAAAACAAAGAAAAAAAAAUAAGACUUUUAAAAUUUCUUAUUUCUUUGUUGACUCUUAUGGCACAAUGUAUUACCUUUCAAAUCUCGCGCAAUUAAACUAUUAUAUUAAAAAUAGUAAUAGUGAAUUAGAUGUAUUAAAAGAAAUUAUUUAGAUAAUCUCUAAAUUAGAAAGUUCUAAUGCUAUAUCUAAAAUGUCUAUAUAAAAUUGUAGAAUCUCUGGAAUCAAAACAUUAUAAGCAUAUGAUAAUGUACCAUUUUAUCAUCGUCAGCAUUUUGAACUUUAGAUUUCUUAAAAAAAUGUUAUCAAAGUCCUUCAAGUAUAUUCAACUAUUGAAGAUGACAUUGAUAUAUUAUAAGAUGUAAUCAAAUAAGGAUCAUAAAAAUAAAGACCUGUUUAAUAGUUACUAUUAAAUUCAGAAAUUGAAAAAAAAAAUGCAUUUAUUGAAGAAAUUUUGAAUUUCUUAAAAAAAUAUGAAGGAGAAACUAUAAAUGUUAAUGCAAACGAAAUAUAAUAAGAUAGCAAAUUAUAUUAUACAGGCUAAAUUGUAGAUGGAAAACCAGAAGGAUAAGGAACCUUAUUUUAUAAUUUAGAAGGAAUUCAUUAUAAAGGAACCUUUUAAAAUGGUAAAAAACAUGGUGUUGGCUAUAUAGCAAACAGUAAUCUAGAUUAAAUUGAUUGUGAAUUCGAAAAUGAUAUAUUAACUGGUAUUUGA